AUGACUUCAUCAGCUCUUUUGACCUUCAAAGGAGAGUGGAAAAAGAUGCAUGUGAUAGAAACGCUUUCUAAGCUUUCCCGCACUCCUAUUGCAUUAGGCACAGGAAUAAGGCCCUUCCCUACAGAAGAAAGUGUUGAUGAUGAAGAUAUCUACAAAGGUCUUCCUGAUUUAAUAGAUGAAACUGGUGUUGAGGAAGAUGAGGAAUUGUAUGAUUGUGUCUAUGGAGAAGAUGAAGGUGGGGAAGUUUAUGAAGACCUAAUGAAAGAUGAAGCAGCACAGCAACCUAAAUGUCCUGAAAAUGACAUAAGAAGCUGUUGUCUUGCUGAAAUAAAGCAAACUGAAGAGAAGUACACUGAAACUCUGGAAUCGAUUGAGAAAUUUUUCAUGGUGCCAUUGAAAAGGUUUCUGUCAGCAUCAGAGUUUGAUACUGUUUUCAUCAACAUUCCUGAUUUGGUGAAAAUUCACAGGAAUCUUACACAGGACAUCAAUGAUUCCAUUGUUAACAAAAAUGAUCAGAACCUAUAUCAAAUUUUUAUUAACUACAAGGAAAGGUUGGUUAUUUAUGGACAGUACUGCAGUCAAGUGGAGAUUGCGAUAUCAUGCUUAGACAAUAUCUCUAAGACAAAAGAAGAUGUUAAAUUAAAGUUAGAGGAAUGUUCCAAGAGAGCCAAUAAUGGGAAAUUUACACUGCGGGAUCUUUUAGUGGUUCCAAUGCAAAGAGUGCUAAAAUAUCACCUACUGCUCCAGGAGCUGGUAAAGCACACUACUGAUCCCAUGGAGAAAGCAAAUCUAAAACUGGCACUUGAUGCAAUGAAGGACUUGGCUCAAUAUGUAAAUGAAGUAAAGAGAGAUAACGAAACACUUCGGGAAAUUAGACAGUUUCAACUAUCAAUAGAGAAUUUGAACCAUUCCCUCUUACAGUAUGGGAGACCUCAAGGUGAUGGGGAAAUAAGGAUAACGACAUUAGACAAACGUGCGAGGCAAGACAGGCAUAUCUUCUUGUUUGAUCUAGCUGUCAUUGUUUGCAAACGGAGAGGGGAUAAUUAUGAAAUGAAGGAAAUAAUAGAUCUUCAGAAAUACAAAAUUACGAAUAACCCCACUACUGAUAAAGAAAAUAAGAAGUGGUCUUAUGGCUUCUACCUCAUUCAUAUCCAAGGUGAAAAUGGUUUAGAAGUUUAUUGCAAAACUAAAGACUUAAAGAAAAAAUGGCUUGAACAAUUUCAGAUGGCUCUGUCAAACAUCCGGCCAGACUACGCAGAUACAAGCUUUCACGAGUUCAAAAUGCAUACCUUCAGUCGGGUGACAUCUUGCAAAGUCUGUCAGAUGCUUCUGAGGGGAACAUUUUAUCAAGGCUAUUUAUGUUCUAAGUGUGGAGCUGGAGCACACAAAGAAUGUUUAGGAAGACUAGACAAUUGUGGCAGGGCUAAUUUAGGUGAACAUGGAAACGUGAAACAUGAGAAACGAACAAAUGGAAUUAGAAGAAGCUCUAGACAUGUGGACCCAGGUUUACCGAAAAUGCAAGUUAUUCGGAACUACAAUGGAAUCCCACAGCCAGCAGCACAAGAUGGGCCACCCUUGCAUAUCCAGAUUGGUGACACUAUUGAGCUCAUUAGAGGAGAUGCACACAGCUUAUUUUGGCAGGGAAGAAAUCUAACAACAGGAGAGCUUGGAUUCUUCCCUAGUGAUGCAGUAAAACCUAGCCCAUGUGUUCCUAAGCCAGUAGACUACUCUUCACAGCUGUGGUUUGCAGGAGCAAUGGAACGAUUGCAAGCAGAAAGUGAACUAAUCAACAGAGUAAAUAGCACUUACCUGGUGCGGCACAGGACCAAAGAAUCAGGAGAAUAUGCAAUUAGUAUUAAGUACAAUAACGAAGUGAAACACAUCAAGAUUUUAACAAGAGAUGGCUUUUUCCACAUUGCAGAAAACAGAAAAUUUAAAAAUUUAAUGGAACUCGUAGAAUACUACAAGCACCAUUCUCUCAAAGAAGGUUUUCGAAGUUUGGAUACUACGCUUCAGUUUCCAUACAAAGAAUCUGAAAACUCAGUGGGACAGAGGAGUAACAGAACAGGUGGCAAUGCCCCUUCUUUGUUCUGUGGGUUUUCUUUUGUAACUCCUCCAGACUACAGCUUUGUUCCCCCUUCCUCCACUCCUUUCUGGUCAGUGCUGAGCCCGAAGGUGAUAGGCAUUGCCAUAGCCAGGUAUGACUUCUGUGCACGAGACAUGCGAGAACUGUCCUUACUGAAAGGGGAUGUUGUCAAAAUUUACACCAAGAUGAGUGCCAAUGGCUGGUGGAGAGGUGAAGUAAAUGGAAGGGUGGGCUGGUUUCCAUCAACUUAUGUUGAAGAGGAUGAAUGAAUUAAAAACUAUCCUCUGCCUACCAGAAGUUUCAGGGAUUGUAAAAAUUUGUAUCUUCAAUGUAUAAUUGGUCUUGUUAAGUAUUUAAAAAGCAACAUUUUUGCCUGUCUGAACCUUCCAGUCUUAAUGUUGGGGUUUAUACAGAAGUUUGGGCUGACAGAUUAGUACCUUAUCCAGAGCUGUGCAAGAAACAAGCUGCCAGUUUGCCUUCACUGGGGACCAGUACAAAGUCCAACCUCACCUUCCCAGAAGAUCUCUGGAAAACAAAAUUCUUUGUUCCUUUUCAUUUCACCCUGAACUACACCAUGAGUAUGAGAAAUGGCUGAAAAUUUAACAUUUCUCUUCUAGCUAACAUCUGUGAUGAUACAAGGAGAUGAAGGCUUAUUAUUCCUUAUCACUGCAUGCAGGAAACAGAUUUCAAUCAUUCCAGUGGCCAUAAAGAACAGUCAGUAGACUUGUCUUGAGACAUCAAACUACUUCACUUAUCAACUUACAAACCAUUUUACACUCACAAAAAUAUUCUGAAGGAUGUAGUAAAUAUGAGUAGCAUUCAUGCAUAUGUAACUAUUUAACUGGCUACUUUGAAGUCCUGCCUAAAUCUUCUAACAGUCUGUUUAAAGACAAUCUAAAAAGGUGUAGUGAUGUGGUAUUGCUUUAAAAAAACAUUGACAAAGUGGAAUUGUGUGAUCCUCUUAUUGUCAUCUAAAGCCUUUUUAUGCAAGGUUUUUUCAUUUAAGCAUCUGACAAUAAAAGUGCUGGGGGAGAUAGUCCUGACAAGAUGAGUUGAAAGUUUUUGGCAAUAGCAUUAAAUAAAUAUUGCAGACUUAUUCUGAAUGAGAAAAUACUAAUGCAAGAUUAUGUAAUUUCUCAUGAACAAAAGUGUUUAACUCUUUUAUUGAUUUGGAUGAACUUGGAUUUUUCAUGUUGCUUGGGAUGUUAAUGGCAGUUCAGUGAGGGAGUUGUUGCAGUAUUCUCAACAUCCCCAAAUGUGUCUAGGUUAGGCAGCAUGAAAGAUCAGGCCUUGUAAAGUGGUGUCCACUGCUUGAUGAAGCAGUGUUUAAUGUAAUUAUGGAGAGGCAGAAAUGUAGUUAUAAGCUAAAAUAAAUGUGGGUGAUGUCUUCAGAUGUGCAGUUUUAAAUAUUUACGUAAUGUCACAGCUGGCUUGAAAACUUGAAAGAAAAUCAAGCUCUUAAAUGAAGUCAAUUCAUCCUGUCCCACAUCCUCUUUUGCUUUUGCCUGUCUUCUUUUUGUGUUGGCAUAUUAGAAUUUGUGUGCACUGACACUGCACGAUUUAACACGGCAGUGUUUUCCCAGUCUGCAAGCAACAUAAUCUCCACUGUUUGCCCACAAAGCAGAAUCUGCUAGUACAUAUUUGGAUUUCUCUUUGGCUGUCCCCAGGAUUCUUUGCUUUUUUCUGGCCUUUCCUGGCCAUCAAGAAGAAUCAAGCACAACACAGAGACUUCACAAAAUCUCCUUCAUCUCUGCAACCUUCUUACCCAAAUCUGCUACACCUGACAGGCAGUGUGUGUGACCAGGGGGAUGAGAGGAGCUUCUCGUUAGAAACUUGACUCGAGAGAUUCAGCCUUGCAGAUGACAUUCUGCCGAUGCUCUAGCUUUUCAAGGAUUUACCUCAAAAUUAUGUAAACUGUGAUUGUGUUGAGUACAUUACUUGAUGGAAUAAUUGAGAGCAUUUGUAAAUAUGUAGAUGAUGCAUAAAAACUUUGUAAAUUAUGUGUACAGCAGUUUAGGCUAGAGUAUGCAGUCUUUGAUCAUGUUUUGCCAUGCAGUUUGAUUGCCUAUUGUGAGCUUAAUCCUAUGUUCCUUAAGUAGAAAGAUGCUUCUUUCUCAAUUUAAUCCUAUAUUCCUUAAGUAGAAAGAUGCUUCUUUCUCAAUUGUGCCUGCUUAAGGGGUAGAGGAAUAGGCUCUAGGUCUGUGAAGUGUUUAGUGCUUUAUUGUCAUAUAGUUCUGAGAAGAGACAGUUAAAUUCAGUACAAGUUGAAAAAUAUAUCAGUCAUUUUCAACAGCUUGGCUUUAGAAUCAUUUUGAGUGUUCUCUUCAUCCUAAAAAUGUUGUAAACCUUUAAGCAAUUCUGGAGUCCAGUAGUCAUCCUUUAAGAAGAAUGAAAGCCAUAGGUAAACCUUACUUUUGUGGCAUAAAUCUACAUAUCAUUGUCUGUGUUUAAUGCCCUGUAUUGAUUGAGUUAAUGCUGCAUCUUAAACUAUAUUUUGAGUACCAAAGAAUUCCUAAAUAUUCUGGAGCAUCUCUUUCAUGUGCUGCUUUUGCCUGUAUGGAGUUGUUUUGUCAUGCAGUAAUGGAGUUACAGUACUUUAAUUUGUACUAUUUUGUAAAUAUGUUAAAUAUAAUAAACCAGUUAAUUUUUUUGUUUAA